UCACUCCUUCAACUGGACAAGAUGCCUCAAUCAAAGAAGAAGGAGAACUCAGAAUCCCCCGAAACAGCUAUUACAGCAGUUACAUCCACUGCGGCCUCCGAAAUACGUCCCGAGGGCUCUGAAUUUGUUCUGCCCAGGUUUGACUUUGAACGUCAUAACCCUUUCGCUCCAAAGGCAUCAUUUUCAUCCGCCGAGAUCAUAGAUCAAAUGUUAAAAGAUGAGGCGACAAUGACUGAGGAAGAAUAUUAUAAGAAGUACCCUUACUAUAAGAAUGACCCUACUAUUAAGGGUGUUUCUGCUGAUGUGGCUAUGGAAUUUUUAAUGGAAAGAUUCGGGUCAAUCUGA